AUGGGAAAACGCAAACAUCGUGAGGAAGAUGAGGAAGAUUACUUGGAAAGAAAAAUCCGAAGUCUCGAGAGGAAAAGAUUGAAGAUUCGUCGCAGGCGCCGUCAUCGUAGUUAUAGCCCUAGUACGUCCUCAUAUACAGAUAAUGAAUAUGAGUAUGCCGACCAAGAUAUCGGUGAACCCGAUCCCUUGCUAGAGGAUUCGCAAUAUGAAGAAUCCCCAUUGACCAACAAUACUGUAUACGACUUAACCGAUGAUGAGGCCGGUGCUUCAACGUCGGGUGCGCUGCCUGCUGCUGGCGGGCUGCGAUCGGUGGUCAUACAGAAUGGAAGCGCCGCCGGGCUCCGCGCGGUGGACGCGCCGGCCCCCGCGCCCCCUCCCGCACCCGCCGCCGCCGCCGCCGCCGCGCCGGCGUGCGCGCCCGCGGCCGCGACCACCACGCCGGCUGCGCCCGCUCCCGCGCCUACAUCCGCAGCUACCACCACACAGGUGACCGGUGAACAAAUUGGUUUACAAGAAUCUACGCCGAUUGUGACCGCGCUUGAUCCCGGUUUAUUAUGUUUGUUGGGCGAUGAGCCCGUAAAAGAAGAAACAUUUGGUCCUUGCAUUCACGUCGAUAUAUCGACGAGAUAG